GUUUGAGACGAUGGUGGCAGAUUGCCUGGCGUGGGACCCUUGGAAUAGGCCCACUGUGAGUGACCUUCUCAAUCAUGACUUCUUCCACAAGAAAGGGGUGACGAGGUCGGCCUUGAAGUCGCACUUUCAGGACGCUGUGAUUCAAAUGGAGGCGGUCAAAGGCCUCAAGAAUAUGCUGCGUGUUGCUGCCCCAGAUUUUAGGAGGCCCCAAUCUCAGAUUUCAAUCCCUGGCAUUACUGCAAGUUUUGAUUUGAAUCUGGAUCCCCAGUCAACCCCUAGGAGGAGGCCCGAGUCGCAGAUUACAAUCCCUGGCCAUCCCGGCCGCGGCGGCUUCAUAGAUUUGGAUCUCGAGUUCUUGGCCGUUGUGUUCCCUAGCGUCCCUGCAUUGACUGAUGUCCCGUUGAAGUUGCGUUACAAGAGGAAACUAACUUUCGACAGGGAGGAGGAUGAAGAAAGAAAAAAGACAAACACUCAAGAGGCAGAAUCUGGAGUUAUGGAUGGUGAGGGAAUGUGGCGAAACAGCUUACGAGAAAUAAGUAGUGCCUCCCCCGACAACUCCUGGAUGGAUGUAGAUCAUUACAAUGAUGCUUAUGAUGAUAGUGAUCAUUUUGCUUCCCCACCAUCUCCUCCUCCACUGACGGAGUACCUGGUGGAUCCUGAUAACCUGAUUGUGUACCGGAUCAUGUCCAUGGAUCCAAUCGGAACAUCCUCCCUUGGCAAACUUCCUGUUUACAGGGUAGCGUAUUCAGAAUGUGAGCACAACCCUUACCAUAGACAGUUUGUUUACAACGACUUCUCUUUGGCCAAGAUAGUGAACUCCCGUUCUAACCCGGAUGUUUACAGGCGGUUGAAGAAUGAGCUGGAAUCGAAAAACAAUAAGCUUCAGAAAGAUCAUGAGAACUUGUUGCAAGUGGAAGGUUUUUUCCUCGACCCGGAAUCCUGCGAUUACUGCAUCGUGAUGGCGUAUGCUGAAUGGGGCUCCCUCCAAUCAAUCAUGGCCGAACAUUUCCCGCUCGGCCUUCCAGAGACAUUCAUUUCUCUGAUUCUGAGAUCAGUUCUGGAGGUGGUUUGUUUUCUUCAUCAGCGCAAAGUGUUCCACGGAGAUAUCAGUGCGGGCCAUGUUUAUUUGAAGAGCGGACCCAAUAUCAAGAUGGGCUUUGGAGCCACAGUUUAUGAUCACGGGGUCUCGAAUCUGGAGUGCUCAUCAUCCUGCACAUUGCCCGAGACUGACAUCUCGCACUGGGCAGCUGCACCAGAGGUGUACAACCAUGAGAUGAAGAACCACCGGAGCACUGAGGAAAGUGACGUGUGGCUGGUGGGAAUCAUGGCCCUGGAAUUGGCUUAUGGAGGGAUUAGAGUCCCGAGCCGUGAAGCCCUUGAGGUGAUGAGCAGGGAGAUUCACGAGAAGAGAAAACUUCCCAAGAGGUAUCCGCCUGCCCCGCAAGGCUUAGAUCAGCUGCAGCAGCUCACUCGUGAGGUGGAAGGGAAGGGAAAACAGAUAGCGAUGGAGGAAGAAGAUUAUGGCGAUGGUUCAUCAGAGGAAAGAUCAUUUUCCAGGGAAUUUGAGAAGAUAGUGGCAGAUUGUCUAGCCUGGAAGCCGUGGGAAAGGCCAAAUGCUCGUACCCUUUUGAAGCAUGAAUUCUUUGCAGUGAAAGGGAUUGAGACGUCUGAGCUGGAGUCACACUUUGAGGAUGUUUUGAUUGACAGACUUCGCAAGUAACUGAUAUAUAUAAAAGUAAUGAUGAACUCCUCAAAGUUAAAAGUAACAGUUUUGUCAAAAGCUAAUAAGGUCGACAGGACAUAAUAGUGUAAUACUCAUUAGAUUCUCAGUUGUCAAUUGGUCAUCUGACUCAUCUCCCAGACAAUGCAUUUGUACUUGUGCAGCCAUAGAUUUUUCCACUUUCUUCCAUAGAUGCAAUGAUUAGUACACUCUUGAUUCUGUCCUUGCAGUUAGUAGUGUGCCACCAAAACUCCAAUAAAGGGACUCAGGCAGUAGUGAUUGUUCCGUACACCGCCCUCAAUUCAUGCACGAUAUAGAGUCCCGCUUCCUCUCGUCUAAUAACCUGUUAUAUUGAACCAUAACCCACCCCCUCUGGGCCAACACGAUGUCCACAGACAAAGUGGUGUAGUAAAUACUGAGCCAGCAGAAACACCUAAGAGGCAAAAAUCUAGGAUAUAUUCUUUUCCACUGAUACCCAUAUCAGCUGGGCCGAAUUCAAGGGGAACCUUAGUGAGACUUGCAUCAACAAAUUACGAAUAAAAUCCUCUAUUCUAGGAUAGGAAUACCGAAUGAUCUAAUAUCACCUAUCUCUUUCCUACCGUUUUAUUUUUCCACUUAUUUUCCACCGCGCUGCAAAUUUUCUCCACCGACUUCUUUCCUUCUGUUGCCGUAGGGGAAUGGUGGUACUGAAGGCUGGACCACAUUUUCUGAGGUCUUGAAGACGGACGGAGAACACGAGAGAAAAUUUUCUCAUUACCUUCUAAUAAUUAAAUAUGGGGUAUUUAUAGAUACCCAAAACACUCUAAAGAACUCUAGAGUCCUAUACAAUUAGAAAUCUGCCACUAAGUUGGAAACCUAUUCCAAAGCUACCAACCGAUUCCAACACUAAUACUACUUUAGUAAUAAUAAUUAAUAAUAACAAUACCCAAUGAAUAAUUAAAAUAAAUACUGGAUCCUAAAGUAUGUAGUCCUGCAACUUAAAAUUGCUUCGGCGAAGCCUCUUACUUUGACUAUCGUGCUCAUCAUUUAGCCGCAUGCUAGCCCAGUUAAUGCCUUCUCCUUACCUUUUCCCCAUAUGACACUACGAAAGGAGUCACAAUUUUCCAAGCCGCAAUCUAUUUCUGCCUUCUCCUAGGAUGCAAAGUUGUGGUUAUGAGGGAGAGAUACGGAGGAGACCUAACUUAUCAUGUCAAAGACCAACAGCUCAACUCUUCGUGUAUCCAUAUUUAUGCUCAUACACAACGCCCCCAAUAUGUAUUACUGUAGUUAAGAAUUUGAUGUAAUUAGUAUCCAUGCUUAUGAAUCUUAUUUUUGAAUUUACUUAAUUUAAGCUAUGGCCUCAAUAUCUGCUAUGAAGGAACCGAUCUUUAAGCU